GGCUGAAACAGAAAAUAGUAUAUAAAGUUCAAAAAUGAUUUCGUAAAAAAAAAAUUCUAAAAAUGAAAGUGAAAAACAGUAUUCACGUCCUAUAGUAUGAGGAAAAAUAAUAAUAAAAAAACCCCAUAAAAUUGGUAUUGCUGGGUUGCCUAGGCAAAAGCAAAAUUUGCUCCCAGGCUGGGGUUGUAUACAAAUAAUAAACCUACUAUACUCACCUCCUCCAAUUCCGGCAGCUGCCACUCCCAACGCUCCUGGUGCUUUGUCCUCUCAAGAUCUACCCUCUCAGCCAAUCAGUUGCAGCCAGUACUUCCUAUGUUUCAGAACUGAGUAGCAGGACCAGCACUGGUGGGGGAUCAGUGAUUGAGCUGUCCAGUCAGCACAUUCUCUGUGGUCAAUGUGUGAAAGACUCCAGAGACUUUACAGUCAGGCUCCAACUCAGCCACGGACUCCAAGAUGGAAAAAGGAAAGAAAGAUAAACCAUGGUGGAUGAGAAGAAGCAAAUCUCCAAGUGUGGAAAAUGGAAACUUGAAUUGGUCCUUAUUACCCCCGAUUUCUGGAUUAGUAUGGAUUAGAAUCACACAAGGAGCUCUCUCGGAUGAUGAAGAUGUCAACUCCAUGCUUGUGGGAACUCAGCUUUGGAAGAUUAAGCCAGGAUGGCGACAACAAAGACUGUACAGGCUUGAAGCUGAUGGGAUGACCAUCUGGUAUGAAAGCAAAGCAAAAAAGGCACGCUCCAAGCAGAUCUUCUCCGUUCUACACAUUGAGUCUGUACGUGAAGGGCGGCAGUCAGAGGGACUAAGAAGAAACGGGCGCCGAUUUCCGGAGAGCUGCUGCUUCAGUAUUUCCUUCAUGGGAAGAAGAAGAAACUUGGACUUGGCUGCAUCCACUGACCAAGAAGCCCGGAGCUGGGUGCAAGGCCUACGCAAACUCAUGGAGAGAGCAGUGGCCAUGAGCCAGAGGGAGAAGUUGGUUCAUUGGAUCCGGGAUUAUCUGCAUCAGGCUGACAGAGAUGGGGAUGAGAAGAUGAGUUUUCAAGAAGUGAAGGCCAUGCUGAGGAUGAUAAACAUUGAUAUGAAUGACAUGUACGCCUAUACUCUCUUCAAGAAGUGUGAUCGCUCCAAAACAAACACACUGGAGGACUGUGAGAUAGAAGAGUUCUGCACUCAGCUGAUGCAGCGGCCGGAGCUGGAGGACAUAUUUCACCGUUACUCCGGUGAGGACAGGGUGCUCUCCGCAGAGGAGCUACAGGAAUUCCUGCAACACCAAGGAGAAGAGGCCACCCUGGAGAGGGCGCAAAACAUCAUACAGAAAUUUGAGCUGAAUGAAAAAGCUAAGCAACACAGCCUGAUGAUGCAAGAGGGGUUCAUGAUGUACCUGCUGUCAGCCGAGGGUGAUAUAUUUAACCAAAAUCAUCGGAAAAUAUAUCAGGACAUGACCCAGCCGCUGUGCCACUACUUCAUCUCCUGCUCCCACAACACCUACCUGACCAAUCACCAGUUGGUCGGAGCAAGUAGCACCGAGUCCUAUAUUAGGGCGUUCAUGGAAGGCUGCCGAUGUGUAGAGCUGGACUGCUGGGAAGGAACGGGAGGAGAACCUGUGAUUUACCAUGGCCAUACUCUCACCUCCAAGAUACUGUUUAAAGAUGUGAUCUCCACCAUAAAGCACAAUGCAUUCAAAUACUCCCCUUAUCCAGUCAUUUUAUCCAUUGAGAAUCACUGUGGGUUGGAACAGCAAGUGACGAUGGCUCAUCACCUACGGACUAUCCUUGGGGAUAUACUAAUAACAGAGCCAAUAAAGAAUACUGACCCAUCUACACUACCAUCCCCAGAGGCUCUAAAAGGAAAAAUCCUGGUGAAAGGAAAGAAGCUCAGUGAGCGCAGACAGGCGGAUGAAGAGGGAAGAACCAGGAUGGACAUCGCACAGGAGCUUUCUGAUCUGGUGGUUUACUGUCAAACAGUGGAGUAUCGUGACCAGCCAGGGAACGCGUGCGAGAUGAGCUCCUUCAGUGAGGACAAGGUGCGCAGACUGAUGAAGGAGUGUGGAAAUACCUUAGUUCGAUACAACACCCGGCAGCUCAGCCGCAUUUACCCGGAUGGAAUGAGAGCCAACUCUUCCAACUUUAGUCCGCAAGAGAUGUGGAAUGCAGGAUGCCAGCUCGUGGCUCUGAACUUCCAGACCCCUGACUACAAAAUGCACUUGAAUCGGGGACGUUUCCUGGACAAUGGUGACUGUGGAUAUGUCCUGAAACCAGAAUUCUUGCGUAGAGGGGAUACUCUAUUUAACCCAGAGGACGGCAGCGCUAAUAUGAAGAUUCUGCAUGUCAAGAUCAUUUCAGCUCAGCAGCUUCCGAAACUAAACCAGGAAAAUCCAAACUCUAUCGUGGACCCAUUUGUACGGGUGGAGAUUCACAGUUUAGGGAAGAAGAGGGAGAGUGAGACAAAUUACAUCCUCAAUAAUGGCUUUAACCCCAUGUGGAAUGAGACUCUAGAGCUGGAGGUGCUGUGUCCGGAGCUCGCUCUAGUCAGAUUUGUGGUUGAAGAUUACGAUACGACAUCCAGUAAUGACUUUGUGGGACAAUUCACUCUGCCAUUUCCCAGCUUGAAACAAGGAUAUCGUCAUGUUCAUCUGUAUUCUAAAGAUGGCGCCUCCCUGUCCCCAGCAACCCUCUUUGUUCACGUGCACAUCGAAGACCCAUGAGUAGUCUGGCAAUGGACACCAGCAUCUUCUGGGGAGGACAGAGUUUGAACCCUCCUAAUAAUGGUUGCUUUUUCAGCCAGGUGCCAUAUUUACUAUAAACAGUCAAUGUUUGCUGUAGACUAUAUACCUGCGCCCUAGUGCUGUCACAAAACAUUCUUACAGCAGGGACACUUCUAUUAGGUAAUACAGGGUACAACACUGCGGUUACCAUAAGAGCAUCCUAUGACCACAGGGUAGACACACAACCUACACGUAAACGUGGUAUGCUUCUGCAUGCCGUCUACAGAGAGCGACAUUUCGAAAGCUACGGCUUGCUGGGGAGCCUAGCAUGUGAUGGGUUACUCAUAUUUGCAUAUAUAUUGUGCAUGUUCUAACAUUUUAGGAAAUAUGGGAAUAUUCAUCACAACAUUUACCCACAAUAUACAUUUCUUGUCCAUAUGAAGUCACCUGCUGUACAGCGAGCGGCGAGGUGCAUUUUCUUAGCAAUAAUUAUACAUUCUUAGACUGUAGUGCCUGUGAUAAAUAUCCCUGUCACCAACUUGUGCUGCCCUCGGAUAACACAGGAUGAUCUCAGAGACAGGUCCCCUUUAUGCAUAAUUAAAUGAACCCCUACUUUUCCUUUAUGUAGGCCCCCUUUGUAACAUUGGACGCCUGUGCCUUCUGUGGCGUUAUGUAGCAACACUGUUUCCCCAACCAGGGUGCCUCCAGCUGUGGCAAAACUACAACUCUCAGCAUGCCCGGACAGCCGAUGGCUGUCCGGGCAUGCUGAAAGUUGUAGUUUUUCAACAGCUGGAGGCGCCGUUUGGGAAAUACUGACUUUACAGCCUUAGAGUAUCACGAACAAAACACUAUCUGCAUUUAUAAAUGGACACAGAAAAGUGAGCAGGUUUCUAAAGCAUCAGCCUCCUACGAGGUCGGCCGGCGGUAUGAACAGCGCACUUCAUGAAGUAAAGAAGCUUGCACUCCACUGACAUUUUAUAAAUGGAUUUUCUAUGUAGCAGUAUUUUACCUAUUAUCAGUACAACUUUAUAAUAAAAGUGUUAACGUGCCACCGAUUACACUUGCCUUACUGUCGACAUGUCUGUCAAUGGUUUAAAAAUCUGCAGGGACAAC